UUAUGCUAAUUAACAAGAAGAAUCCUAAUGAAUCAGAGAUCAACGGUUGGAUUUGUUUUGCUAUCUAAACCAAAAAAUAAUGAAUAAAUUGCUUUUGUCCACAGGAUCAGACUUUCUGUGUGCGACACACAUCAUUCCGGUGAAGAACGAAGAGGGUGUUGUCAUGAUGUUCAUCUUGAGUUUCGAUUAUGUGCUGAAAGAGGGCAGCGUGGAUUCAUUAGACCGACUCAACCACACCUCACCAGCCAGACAAGAACAAAAAAAAGGACGUUUCUUCCGUUUUCGUCUGCCUGCACCACUGAGCAUGCUGGGAGUGAGUAAGCAAUCCCUUCCUCAGGAAGACCCGGACGAGGUGACCAUCCAUUCGGCUGACCCGAAUGAGAAACGCUCUUCCUGCUCGUCAUCUGUUUCUCUUUCCCUUUCUCCACGUGAGCUCCAUCCACCUACCGGCGAGAGCUGUAGCCCCUCCUAUGGAAAUGACACCUGGGCUCUGAUUGGCCAGAAUUAUCUGGGGUCAUGCUCACCUAUCUCAGGGCCACAGGAUCACUCAUCUCCAAGGGGCACCUGGGAGCGGGUGGAGCCCCAGGAGCCUUUGCCAACUGCAUCCAGGAGAGCAUCACGGGCCAGUAUGUGCACAUUUAGGAGAGUAUCAUCUACACAAGAUUUAGAAGGACUCAGUACACAGACGCAGAGGACAUACCGUGAUCGUCAUGCUAGCGAAGAUAAUGGGCGUAGUAUCAAAGUGUCGCGCUCUUGGAUGGCUGGGGGACCAUUUAAUCAGAUCAAGUCCAGCAUUUUGGGUUCCACAUCUGACUCAAACCUCACUAAGUACAGCACCAUCAACAAGAUCCCUCUGAUCACUCUCAACUUCUCAGAGACCAACAAUGACAAGCGGGCAUCAUCUCCGCACUCCUCAGAGAAAACCAUCAUUGCACCAAAGGUCAAAGAUCGAACACACAACGUUACGGAGAAGGUCACACAGGUGCUGUCUCUGGGUGCAGAUGUCCUUCCUGAGUAUAAGCUCCAGGCUCCCCGAAUCCACAAAUGGACCAUUUUACACUACAGCCCCUUUAAAGCAGUCUGGGACUGGGUCAUCUUGCUGCUUGUCAUCUAUACGGCCAUCUUUACACCUUAUUCGGCUGCGUUCCUGCUCAGCGAUGAGGAAGAGGCCGCCAUGCAGCGCUGCGGUUACUCCUGCAGUCCACUCAACGUGGUGGACCUCAUUGUGGAUAUCAUGUUCGUGGUGGACAUUGUGAUUAACUUUCGCACAACCUACGUGAACAGCAACGAUGAAGUGGUCAGUCAGCCCGGCCGAAUAGCAAUCCACUAUUUUAAAGGCUGGUUCCUCAUUGACAUGGUGGCUGCCAUUCCUUUCGACUUGCUCAUUUAUCGCUCCGUAGAAGAUACGACGACUCUGAUUGGUCUUUUGAAGACUGCUCGGCUGCUGCGAUUAGUGCGUGUGGCACGUAAACUCGAUCGCUACUCCGAGUAUGGAGCCGCGGUGCUCUUUCUCCUCAUGUGCACCUUCGCACUAAUCGCUCAUUGGCUGGCCUGCAUCUGGUAUGCUAUUGGAAAUGUGGAGAGGAGCGGCCAAUCUCGGAUCGGUUGGCUUGAUUCUUUGGGUGAACAGCUGGGGAAACCGUAUAAUAAGACGAAUCCUGCAUCAGGACCCUCCAUUAAAGAUAAAUAUGUCACUGCUCUAUACUUCACCUUCAGCAGCCUCACCAGCGUGGGAUUUGGAAACGUCUCUCCAAACACCAACUCUGAGAAGAUCUUUUCUAUCUGUGUCAUGCUUAUUGGAGCGCUGAUGUAUGCCAGCAUAUUUGGAAACGUGUCAGCCAUCAUCCAGAGGCUGUACUCUGGCACGGCACGUUACCACACUCAGAUGCUGCGGGUUCGGGAGUUCAUCCGUUUCCACCAGAUCCCCAACCCACUCAGGCAAAGGCUGGAGGAGUAUUUUCAGCACGCUUGGUCCUACACUAACGGCAUUGACAUGAAUGCUGUGCUGAAGGGGUUCCCAGAGUGCUUACAGGCAGACAUCUGUUUGCAUCUAAAUCGUACACUGCUGCAGAACUGUAAAGCUUUCAAGGGCUCCACUAAAGGUUGCUUACGUGCUUUGGCUAUGAAGUUCAAGACUACACAUGCUCCACCUGGAGACACCUUGGUCCAUGCUGGUGAUGUCAUUUCGGCGCUGUACUUCAUUUCUCGUGGCUCCAUUGAGAUCUUAAAGGGAGAUGUGGUAGUGGCCAUUUUAGGCAAGAAUGAUAUAUUCGGAGAGCCCAUUAACUUAUAUGCGCGUCCUGGAAAGUCAAGCUCUGAUGUGAGAGCACUGACGUACUGUGACCUGCAUAAAAUCCACAGAGAUGAUAUCGUGGAGGUCUUGGACAUGUAUCCAGAGUUCUCAGACUACUUCUGGAGCAACCUAGAGAUCACCUUCAACUUGAGAGAUACUAAUACUAAAGCUGGGUCAAUGAGCAGUGACACUGAAGAUUCUGACCAUGGCUGUCUGGACCAUCACACACGAAGAGCAAAGCUGUUCUUUCAGUCCAAAAGAAACUCUAUCCCACAAGCAGAUGCAGAGAAGACUGAAGAAAAUCUCAAUAAGACGCCUUUCAAAACCCAGAAUUCAAGCAAGCAGCACAAGGAUAGACAAGCUGCUCAUCGGGACUCAGACAUUUUUGCCUCCCAAUCCAGUAGUGAUGAAGAGGAAGAGACGCGACGACUCCCUCUGAUAGUAAACUCUCAGAGCCGUAUCACUAGCAUCAGCAAUGCUAACAAAGACAAGAACCACAACAGCAGCAACUCUUUCAACGCACUGUCAGGUGCUCUUUCUGGGGUUUCAAACAUCUUCAGCUUCUGGGGGGACAGUCGUGGCCACCAUUACCAGGAAGUACCCAGCCACAGCAUGUCCUUACCCUCAUCUUCGGUGCCCUCUAAUACUGUCCUGCACAGUGCUACCCAUCGUCAUUGCACAGAGGUAGAAAAUAGACUGGAAAUGAUACAGAGACAGCUCCACCGAUUGGAGAAGCGCAUGUCAACAGACAUGGGGGCCAUAAUGCAGUUGCUUCAGAGGCAGAUGGUGCUGGUUCCACCAGCCUAUAGCUCUGUAACAUCCCCUGUAGAAGCAUCUCCAAAUCCACCCAAACCAGGCCAGAAACUGGUCCAUCCUGUCAACCCUUUAGAGACAGAAACGCCAGCCAUUCUCUCUGAGAUACUUGACCCCCACGACUUUGCUGACAGUCUCAAAAAGUCCAGUGAAAGUCUUUCAGGUGCAAUGGAGCUCCAACUCCUGGACUCUUCGUUGCAGCCCUCCUCUGAGAGCCCUUCUGGGGCUUAUACUGGACGAUGGCCACAUAACAUGGACCACAAUGCAGCAAAUGCUCCCGAUUAUCUCACAGCUCACACUGAUCACCAACAUACAGUCACAGCUGAUCGAGGUAAUUAUAGUUUUUUAGAUGCUGAGCCUAUUGGAACAGUGCACCAUCAACGAUCUGGACUGAGGUUAGAUUUGGAGUGUUCAAGACGCCUAUCAUUGCCAGUGCAACAUCACACAGAGGAUAAUUCCUCAAUACAAAAACGACAUGGCUCUAAUCCUGGGUGAUAAGAUUGAAACUUGUAUUCAGCAUCUCAGUGGAAAACAAUGCAUGCAUCCUGAUGGACCACAACAAUGUUUGCAGGAUGUUUUGAAGACCUUCUACUUCAGGUUCAUAUUAAUUACCUCAGAAAGUAGAGGCAACAUUAAUGUCCAUGUAGUUUGGUACAUUUGUGUUAGCUGGUCUAACAGUACUUGUGGUUUUUACCUGCCUCUCACUGAAAACGUUUUAUUUUACGAAAGUGUUCUCUUGUUAUUUUGAGGUGUCAAUGUAAUGAUUUGUAUUAGCAUAUCAGUUUUUUUUUAACGGUGUAGUUUUGUGAUGAAUUGAUUGUUUGUUUGGAAGCCUUGGACAUGUAGCAAUACACUGGAGUCCCAUCAGAGUAUGAUUUAUUUAAACACUGUUUUAAAUGAUCGUUUGGAAAUUUUAUCUCAGGUGGAGGAACCCGAAGCUCAUCUCUAGUAGCUGAAAUACCUCAGAGUGAGUGUUUCCAGGGAACACCGGUGAAUCCUGCUGAGUAACAUGUCAUGACUGAAAGCAUGUGUUUAUAUCAUUCAAGGCCACCUAUUGCACAGAUUUUCCCUUGAGAAUAUGUUAUCACUCUGAAUAUAUAAUCAUCAGUUUGGCCAAAGGGUCAAAAUGUGUUAAAUGUUAUUUAGACAGUUUAUGAAUGAAAAUCCAUUUUGAUCAUAAUCCAUAUCAUUAGUGCAAUUAGUGUUAAAAUAUACAUAUAUAAUGCAUAAUAUAAUCAGUUAGCACUGGUUCAUGCCAAACUCAUCCAUUAGUAAACCAUACUAUAAAUGUGAAAGAUAUUUAUAGGGAAUGUGAUUUAUAGAAAGAGUAUAGCUAGGAAUGUUUAUAUGUAUUAUAACAUGAAAUUAAUUGCAAUCCUAAGUAGGAAUAUUUAUUGUAAGCUUACUAUAAAUGAUUAUUGUGCAGAUUUUUUUUCUCUUAUUAACGUAUAA